GGAUGUCUGGUGCAAAGCAUCAACUUGAUGCAGAUAUACUCCAACAAAUAAGAAGAGAGGUUAAAAAAGUCCACUUAAUGACUGACAAGUGGUACAGCUGUCCUGCCACCCAAACUGCAACUGAACAUGGCAAUGUAGUCAAAGAGGAGGCAAAUCAUAUGAGCUUUCCAUUCCCGCUGACUCGACAUAAGCACACAAAAUGGGGGAGUUCUGGAAAAUUCCGUAAUCCUCCUACUGGAAGUGAAGAGGAACUCCAACAACAUUUCAUCAGAGAAUGUGGGUAUGUUCCUAAUACCAAGCUUGAAAUCAAAGACACCCACUUGACACCAUUAUUGAGUUCACGCAAGCCUGACUUUGUAUUUAUUGAGAAGGGUGCAAUUACUGAUGCACUCAAUGUUGUUGCUUUGGGAGAAAUUCGAAAGAAGCAUGGUCAUCAAUUCUCUGCAGCUGACUAUGGCCAUGCUGCUUCAUUUGGAGAAAAAUUACUUCAGAUGCAACCUCAACGGAAUUUUGCUUUUGUGUUUCUAACUGAUUGCCAGGAGAUUGUCCUAAUUAAAGUAAGCAAGCAAGGUGAUUGGUACACCUAUGGUUAUACUAAACAAGAAAAGCUUCCAUACACUGGAAAAUCCCCACCUACAGGCUGGCGACAACUCAUUACAUUUUUAGAAGCACACCUCAAGAGUAGAACCAGUGUGGUAUAUUUUGCAAAACUGGAUAAUGAAAAUGUUGCAGUCAAAGUGGCAAAAAAUGACAGCUAUGCUGAGUGCUUUGCUUGUGAACAGAAAGUGUUGAAAGAACUGUCUUGUCUAAACUCAGCUCAUAUUCCUCAAUUACGUGCAAGCAGUCCUGGAGUGCUGGUAAUUUAUCCUUUCUGUGAGUAUGAAAUUUCAAAUCUCAAGAGGGAUGACAUAAAAGCAGUCAUUUCUACACUACAAAAGGUACAUGAAUCAUGUGGAUUAAUCCAUAGAGACAUUCGCAAGUACAACCUUCUAUGCAAUGAAGAUGGCAAACUCAUUCUUACAGAUUGGGGAUAUUGUGUAGAAAAAAAUGCAGAUGCACCAUUCAGUGGUGCUAUAGAAUGCAUGCCUGAUAGUGUAUUACAUUCAUUGAAAGAGAACCAGGCAAUUGAUUAUGAUUUUCAGAUUGAUCUGGUGUCAUUUGUACGAUCUUUCUACUUGAUGAUUCACCAGCCAGAACUGGAAAGACUUUCAUUUAAUGCAAACAUCAAAAAAUAUGCUGCAGACUAUUAUGAUUUUGGUCAUCACAUGGAAAGGUGGGCAUUUGGAAUGAAAUCCAUGAAUUAG